AUGCUUGCCCGCCCCUGUAGCCACGACCUUGUUGCAAUGCAGUCACUCGCCUGCAUAAGAUGUGGGCAAAAGUUGCCCCAUGCAGAAGUUGUGAUGCAUUAUCAGUAUCGGGACGGGAAGUUUAUAAGGCGAGAAAACUGGCUCCAACAAUACAAGGAUGCGGUGCUGAAGAGCAAGAAGCUUAUUCUGUUCCUCGAUAUCGACAAUACCAUCCUCUAUGCAUGGGGAAGCGUCAAGGGCCAGCCCCUCCAGAACAUCCAGCGGAUCAAUUCGGUUAAUUUGAGCGCUCAUCAUGCCUUCCGCAUGUCCCGCGAUAUUGUCUCCAAGCGUGCGUCCUAUGCAUCCAAGUCUGAAUACCGCGAAGCAUUUCUAGAUGUAUAUUUAGCAGAGGCCGAAGACUUCUUCUGCGGAUGCCCCGAGCGCGGGCUGCAACCUACUGCCGUCGAGGUGCAGGGACUGCGGAUGACGAUAAUGUUUCGGCCCGGUAUCUUUCGCUUCUUUCUAAAGACAUACAAAACAGUCGCCAUCAUCAUCAGCACGCUAGGAACGCAGGAGUACGCCCAACAAGUUAUCAAAAUGAUAGAUCCCCAGCGCAUGCUGGUGUACGAGCUCCUGGACAGGAAGCUGGCAAACAGACACGGGGACGCCAGUGCCGAGGUAACACACGAUGAUGAGGGUGGGGCAGUCAUUAAUUUUGAGGGCGAGUGUGGCAAUCUAGCCGACCAACAUCUAUCUGAUUUAGACAACCACAUCAUGAAGGGUGUGAACCGGUUCCUUGGGGGCAUCCAGCUUCUCAUCGACAAUUCCAUAGCAAUAGACAACAGCUCGGUCCCGUGGAGAGGAACCAAAUGCGGCUUCCUCAAGAGCUUUGACUUUUACGUAGCAAACGGUCUGGAUUGCUUUAAUUAUAUGUGGCAGCAGCAGGUCUAUCCCUUGGAGUCGCUAACAAAAGUUGUCACAGGAUAUUGCAAGAAUGACUUCACAUUCCUAGCCCAGAGGAAUAAGCCUGUGUAUGACCAUCGAUUCUAUACGUUUUCCGUCGCCCAGCUGCACUCUUUCAAGAAUAUAUUACGUUACAUCCAAUCCUCCAUGCAUCCUGAGGAAUUCAAGCAAACAGAUGUGCUACAGUGCCAAAGCGCUCGAGAAGCGGUCGAGGAAAUUAUGGGCAAGGUCCUCAGAGGAUGCGUCAUCUACAUACCUUUUCUGCCUAACGCAGCUGAUCUUGUUACAGAAGGGCCUUACAUCGUGGCUGCACAAUGGAAACGUAAGACCGAGACGCUGAUGGACUUCCGUGUAGAGCUCAUCCACUUGCUUGGAGGGCGGGUAGCGAUGACCUUUGACAACGAGGUUACUCACGUCCUUGUCUCCGAGAGCGGUAGCUUGUGGAAGAAAAGCUAUGCAAAGUGUGCUCAUCUGCUGUUAAGGUGCAAUCCAGAUGAGGUUUCUCCGGGCUUAGUGAAGGCUGCUCUUGGAGAUUGGACCGAUAUACAAAUUCGCGGAAAUGGCACUGGUGAUCAGGACACAUCAGAGCUUUUUAUUGUGCCAGACACAUUUAUGUGCUAUGAUCCCGGUGAAAUCAACCAAACAUGCACGUCUGUCUUUCCGUUUCACGCGGUCACACAAAACUGGCUGAUGACAAGUGCGCUGCUCUAUCGGAGGCAAAGUGAGCUGUUCUAUACACGCUGCUUCCUUGCUCGUGGGCUUCUGCCCUCAAAAGAGACACCUCCUCGGUCGUCUGCGGACAGAACGGGCAACAAAAAAGAUGACUACGAUGGAGAUACCAAUUGUCAUGAGGAAGGACGCCCUCUCGGCUAA